UGUAUGUGCGUAGAUUUUACAAUAUAUCAAUCCCAUUGGCAUGGAAACAUAUCUCAAACAGUACCAUGAUCAGGAGAUCACCGAUCUACUAAACAAUGCCGAUGAUUUGCUGCACGUAUCCAUCCAUGUUAGCUUAACACACCUGCAGCGCAAAGCACCGCAACUGUUUGUAAGGAUCUUUCAGGACACGGAGGCGGAACUGAUGCGAUGGAAUGACUGUUUACUUCGUGCGCAAAAGUCGCUCAUUGAAGGCAAUCUCUUUCUCGAGCCAGGAUUUCAAAUCAAGCAGAAUUGCCACGUACGUUUCGUGAAUGUACCAGUGACACCAGCCGAGCUUCGGAAAACCUCCUAUCCGAAUUAUGAAAGCGUCGGUCAGUUUUUGCAGGUUAAGGGUAGCGUCAUCCGUAUGACUUCUAGCCGAUUUCUGGAGUACAAACGAGAGUAUGCAUGCACACGUUGCAAACAGAAAGUGCUGAUCGAGGCGGAGUAUAGCAAGUCGUACGUUUUUGAAGCACCAGGAUCAUGCCCGAACGCUCGCGAAGCAGGUUGUCGCGGACAGUUGCAGCCGAUUUCGGCACAGCCACAGCCCGAACACUGCCGGGACUAUCAGGAGAUUCGUAUCCAGGAGAUAAUGAGCGAACGGAACGUACCGGCCUCGCUGGUUGUCACGCUCGAAGAUGAUCUUGUGGACAGCUGCCAGCCAGGUGACUGUGUGACGGUUUGCGGCCGUAUAGAGCAUCGCUGGAAACCUCCAAUCGUGGGCCGGCGAACGGAAGUGACCAUCGCGAUGCGUGCUAAUAGCAUUAUCAAGGAGGAAAGCAAAGCAAGUUGGGCGAAAGAUUUGCCCGAGCAUUUGUUGUGUGUGCAGGCCGAAUGGCAGGAGGUGUUGCGUGAGAUCGGCGAACUGGCGGCACGUGAUUUGCUGGUUCAAUCGAUUGCUCCCUCUAUUCGGGGUAUGUAUCCGAUAAAGCUGGCAAUAGCGCUAGCUCUAGCUUCCUGUACGGAGCGGGUCGUUGAAGGAGAUCAACCGACUACAGUGCGGGGCCACUCGCAUCUACUUUUGGUCGGUGAUCCCGGGUUAGCUAAAUCGCAGCUGCUCAAGUUUGCUUCCGAAAUUGCAAGCCGCGCUGUGUAUACCACCGGUAUGGGUUGUUCCUCGGCCGGACUAACGGCCGCCGCGGUGAAGGAUGAAGGAGAGUGGCAACUGGAGGCGGGUGCACUCGUUUUAGCUGACGGUGGAAUAUGCUGCAUCGAUGAGUUCAACCUGAUGCGCGAAACCGAUAAAGCUUCCAUUCACGAAGCAAUGGAACAGCAAACGAUCAGCGUGGCUAAGGCCGGUAUGGUGUGCAAGCUGAGCACACGGUGCGUCGUACUGGCGGCUACCAACCCAAAAAAUCUCUACACAAUGGCCGACGGCGAGGGUACAUCGGCGGCCAACAUUGGUAUUGGUGGGCCGUUACUGUCUCGCUUCGAUAUGGUGAUGAUUCUGCGAGACAUCCGGUCGGCCGAUUGGGAUGCGAACAUUGCCAAUCAUCUGCUCGCUCUGGCACUGGUGGAAGAGGAUCGGAAGUGCUUCGAGGAUCGCAAGUGCUCAGAACCGAUUGCUCACUGGGAGUUGGAAAAGUUGCAACUUCAUUUUGCCGCCAUCAAGGACAUUCAUCCCACGGUAUCGCACGAAGCUAAUCUGAUACUCGGUGCGUACUUUAAAGCUUGUCGAUCGGAUCCGUUCAGAGAUCCGACACGAACGACGGUACGAUUGCUGGACAGUUUGUUCCGGUUGGCACAAGCACACGCCCGUUUACUGUUUCGCAGCGAGGUAACACCGAUCGACGCGAUCACGAUCAUUCAACUGAUGGAGGCCAGUUGGGGCUUCGGCAAGAUUGGUUUACCAGUAUGCGAUCUUAUUAAAGCACCAUUACCACUUGGACCGGAACGAAGCUUCAUCGAUCGGGUGCUGGAUUUGCUAAAUUUGCACGAUGUCGUACAGGAUAUGGCCACGGUACGGCCCAUCGAUGCGACCAUACUGCGGCGCUACCAUCGAGAAAUGAUCGAGAAACAGAAGCGGAAGCAAAUGGAGCAGAAUGAAGCAAAUCCCGAAGGUGGACGGCUGGAUUGCGAUCUUGAUGCAAGAACGCAGCAGACAAUCGCGUCCACAUUAGCGACGGUGAACGAAUUUCAAGAAAAGCAUAGAACUGCUACUACUACGGUUUCUCCAUCCGCAUCGACCCAUUCAAAGUACGCUAUAAACAUUAAGAAGGCAAAUUUAAAAAACCUUCGCAAAUCUCCUACCGAUCCAGGUACGGAAGAGUCAAGGGCCGCAAAAAAACGCAAACGUCCAGCAAAAAAUGAGGUUGAUGAGGACCCAACGUUGAAAGCAACGCUGGAUGAAGCUGCCAUGGGAAAUUUGCUUGGAUCUUUGAGGAAGCAUUAUGAAGCAUCCGAGCCGGAAAAACUUUCAUCACAUGGAACGGGCGAAAUGCCGCAAACCCAAAGUAAGGAUGUUUCCUUCAGUGCGCUGUUGGACACGAGUCAAAUAUUUGACGACGAUGAUGAUGAUACUUUCGAGAUUGGAAAAGCUCGCAAAAAUCCUUCAAAUGUUCAGGAAUUGGAAAGAGUCGUGAAGGUAGUUCGUGCCCAGGACACUUUUUCGAAGACCGCCACCUGUAACGAUCGAAAUGAAUCAUCAUUUAGUGCACUUUUAGGAGACGAAGCAAACGGUAGCAGGUUGCUGAACCAUGAUAUUUAUUUAGAUGACGAUCUAAACCUGUCAUUUGAAAAGAAUAACAUCGUUCAGGAAUUUGGCGAACCGUUAGCCGACACCAUACCGAACACGGUUGCCAACACGGCCUGUAGUAGCAUUGCUAACAGUCAACCGGAUACGGAUACAAAUGCAGAACGUUCACUGUAUCAAAUAAAACUCAACAAAUCAACUCAACGGAAUCUUCCCAUCAGUCAGCGUUCAAUUGCCACUGCAACGCAGCGAAACGAACCUCCUGAUAUGGAUGAUUUGCUAAAUUUUGAAAUAGAACCUUCGGGAGAGUUUCCUCUACUGAAUGAGUGUUCUGAUGCUUCCGAUAUUGCCGCUCCCUACCAGCCGGGAUUACGUACUCAGACGCGCCAAAAGCUAUACCAGUUCGAGUUUCAACCGAAGCGACCCAUCGAUACUACCCGAUUGGCGGAGGAGCAUGAUAGUGCAUACGAUUCCAUGCUGCGUGACAGAACCGUACAAGGAGAAGGUACUGAAAGGCACAUGACUACUACCACUACUACUGCUGCUGCUACCACCACCACCACCACCACUUCCCAGUACAGUGGUCUAGCCGAUGAAGAUGUUGAGCUAAACCUAUCCGACAUUGAACUGUAG